AUGGCGAAAGCUUUCUCCCACAUCAAUGGCAACCCAAUGUUUUAUUUUCCCUCUAGACCAAAUCCCAACCGUCCAUUUCCUUUGCUUUUGUCUUAUAACAAGCCUUUGAAGGUUACCAUGUCAUGCAACCAAUCUUAUUGGGCCUCUAUAAACGAAGAUAUCGAAGAGCAUCUCAAACAGGCUAUCCCUAUACGUGAACCGCUCUCUGUAUUGGAGCCCAUGCACCAUUUAACGUUUGCUGCCCCACGGACCACCGCUUCGGCUUUAUGCGUGGCGGCUUGUGAGUUGGUCGGUGGUCAUCGUGAUCGAGCUUUGCCAGCAGCGUCGACGAUUCAUCUCUUGUAUGCGGCUUCGUUCACCCAUGAGUAUGUUCCACGGAGUGAAACCUCUAGGCCUAUGUCCAAAAUUCAACAUGUGUAUGGUCCAGGCAUUGAGUUACAAAUUGGUAAUGCAAUGAUACCAUUUGGGUUCGAGCUUUUGGCUAAAUCCGAUGAUCCAGCCCGAAAUGACUCGGAUCGAAUUCUACGUGUGAUGGUUGAGAUCACACGUGCGAUUGGUUCGGAAGGAAUGAUUUACGGACAGUACGAUGAAGUGGAAUCUUAUCAAUCCGACAAUAACAAGUCGAGCCACAUCGAAGAAAUCGAGCGUGUCUCCGAAAAAUAUGAAGGAACAUUGUAUGCUUGUGCGGGUGCUUGUGGAGCAAUAAUAGGAGAGGGAUGUGAAGAUGAAAUAGAGAAAAUGAGAAAGUAUGGUUUAUAUAUAGGGAAAAUAGAAGGGAUUAUGAGUAGAAUUGGAAGCAGUAGUGACAAGGAUUUGAUGGAAAAAUUGGUGGAGGAGCUGAGAAAUUUGGCUAACAAUGAACUGAGAGGGUUCAAUGAAGCAAAGGUGAAAGCAAUAUUCAACACACAAUCUAGUCCAUUUGAUCUUUGUAAGCAAUGA